CCUCCCGCGCGCGGGGGCGCGGGUGCGCGUGGGCGCGGGCGCGCGGGUUACCUGCGCAGGCCCGACCUCCGCGCGCGGCCCCGAGCGACCCCGCACGUGGCGGCCCCGGCUGCACGCUCCCGGAGACCCCGCGGCCCCCGCCGGGCGCCCUCGCGCGCAGCCCGCCGCGAGCUCACGAGGGCGCUCGGCGGAAGUGGGCAGCAGACGGCAGGCUCGCAGCUGCCGCCGUGAGUCGCCGCCCCGCGGACCUCGCAGGCGCUGUGGCUCCGGCGUCGAGAGGUCAUGAAACGAGUGCGCACGGAGCAGGUUCAGGUGGCAGUGGCCUGCUACCUCAGACGUCGGCAGUACGUGGACUCAGAAGGCCCCUUGAAGCAAGGCCUGAGACUAUCACAGACCCCUGAGGAGAUGGCAGCCAACCUCACAGUCCAAUCAGAAUCUGGUUGUGCCAAUGCGGUGUCUGCAGCUCCUUGCCAGGCAGAACCCCAGCAAUAUGAAGUACAGUUUGGACGACUGAGAAGCUUUCUUACUGAUUCUGACUCCCAGCACAGCCAUGAAGUUAUGCCUCUCCUCUACCCCCUCUUUGUCUACCUCCACCUCAACCUGGUCCAGAGUGGCCCCAAGAGCACAGUGGAAAGCUUCUAUAGCCGCUUCCAUGGAAUGUUCCUACAGAAUGCAAGUCAGAAGGACAUCAUUGAGCAGCUGCAAACCACACAGACCAUCCAGGACAUUCUGUCAAACUUCCAGCUUCGUGCAUUCCUGGACAACAAGUACGUGGUCCGUCUCCAGGAAGACAGCUACAACUACCUUAUCCGCUACCUCCAAAGCGAUAACAACACUGCCCUGUGCAAGGUGCUUGCCGUGCACAUUCACCUGGAUGUUCAGCCUGCCAAGAGGACAGACUAUCAGCUGUAUGCCAGUGGUGGCUCCUCCCGAAGUGAGAGCAGCGGCUUGGAGCCACCAGAUGUGCCCAAUCCAAUUCUGCAAAAUGAGGCUGCCCUGGAAGUCUUGCAGGAGAGUAUCAAGAGGGUCAAGGAUGGACCUCCCUCCCUCACCACCAUCUGCUUCUAUGCCUUCUAUAACACAGAGCAGCUGCUGAAUACUGCAGAGAUCUCCUCUGAUAGCAAACUUCUGGCUGCUGGGUUUGACAACUCCUGCAUAAAGCUCUGGAGCUUGCGGUCCAAAAAGCUGAAAUCAGAGCCCCACCAAGUGGACACAUCUCGUAUCCGUCUAGCUUGUGACACUCUGGAAGAGGAGGAGAAUGAGGAAGAUAAUACAGGCACAGAGAUGAAGAUCCUUCGGGGACACUGUGGCCCAGUAUACAGCACUCGGUUCCUCGCAGACAGCUCGGGGCUACUCUCUUGUUCUGAAGAUAUGUCCAUCAGGUACUGGGACCUGGGGAGCUUCACCAACACUGUUCUGUAUCAGGGACAUGCCUACCCUGUGUGGGACGUGGACAUCAGCCCCUAUAGCCUGUAUUUUGCCAGUGGGUCCCAUGACCGUACCGCAAGGCUGUGGUCUUUUGAUCGGACGUACCCACUGAGGAUAUAUGCAGGACACCUGGCUGACGUGGACUGUGUCAAAUUCCACCCCAACUCAAACUACUUGGCUACAGGUUCCACUGACAAAACUGUCCGGCUCUGGAGUGCCCAGCAGGGGAACUCAGUGCGGCUUUUCACAGGUCACCGAGGUCCCGUGCUUUCCCUUGCCUUUUCUCCCAACGGUAAGUACUUGGCAUCUGCUGGUGAGGACCAGCGGUUAAAGCUGUGGGACUUGGCCUCUGGGACGCUUUUUAAAGAACUGAGAGGCCACACAGACAGUAUCACCAGUCUGGCCUUUAGCCCAGACAGCGGUCUGGUUGCCUCUGCCUCCAUGGACAACUCUGUGCGUGUCUGGGACAUCAGAAGCACGUGCUGUAACACACCUGCUGAUGGCUCUUCGGGUGAGCUCGUGGGCGUGUACACCGGACAGAUGAGCAACGUCCUGAGUGUACAGUUCAUGGCCUGCAACCUCCUCCUGGUGACUGGAAUCACACAAGAAAAUCAAGAACAUUAAGUUUUUAUUCAGGUGGCAGACUGGGUGGGGCUGGAAGACUGGUCGCAGUCCAGGACUUGCUAAAACUGAAUCAGUGAUUGCAAAAGAGCCCUCCCCUUCCCCACACUCACCCAACACAGCCCUGGUGCACUAGACUCCAGUUGUGAACCGGAUGCUCAGACUUGAGGCCUCCUGGCUCUGUGCAGGCACCUUGCUUUUGCAGCUGUCUCUCCCCAGUAGGGUUACUGGACAGUUGCAGAACUUCCCUGCAGCAACUGCAGACAGUGUCUCCUGUGGUUACCCCUCGAGGGAAGUGGGGACAGGAACUAGGAAAAGAAGGGAUGGUCUAGCAGUCUUUCUUUUCCAUAAUGAUAGAACCAGGAUUUUAUUAUUAUUAUAAUUAAUAAUUAUUAUUGAGAAGAGGAAACCUAGCACUGGCAGAGAUGUCUCUGCUUUUAUCUGCAGGUUUGACUCCUGGCACUGGCUAUGAUACUUGGAAUUUUGAGGUUCAGGGAAUUCAGACUUUGGUAGCCUGGUGUAUCAGGAGGAAGGGGCACCAUAUAAUGUGCUUCUGCAAGCAGGCAGGUAGCUUAACUGAACAUUGGGCUCUUGGAGUGAUGGUGGGGGAGAAAGAUUGUUUUGUUGGCUGCACUGUCGGGACUUCUCCACCCUGGAAGGAAAGACUGUGGUGGGCAGAGGGUGGGCCUCAGCACCUGAGCCAGUUGGCCACGCUUCCAUCCUAGCGCCAUCAACAAAAUUAUGAUCAAGACUAAUUUUGAAUAAGUCACAAGAUAGACGUAAGAAAGCUGGAUUUCCAGAUGACUGUUUAUUCUGAGAGGUGGCUUUUUUGGUGUCUUUUUCUCCCUCAAUGAUCUGCUUCCACCCCUCACUGCAGUACCAGUAUAGUGAACACAGGAAUGAAUCAUGAGUGCACACUCACGAGUAUCAAACCAUGCUCUAAGGACAAAGGAAGUUCUGAUGUGUGGAAAAGGAUUUAAUAUUUCUGUUUUCUGGAAAGAGUUAUUUUGUAUUUUGUUUUCUAUUAAAAUGUAUUUAGUUUC